AUGGACCCUUUGUCGGCGGUUGCAAAUAUUGCAGCAAUAAUUGGGUUGCUGGACUUAUCAUGUCGGGCUGGAAAGGAAAUAUGCAACCUGAUUUCCACAAUCAAGCAUGCUCCCGCUGAAAUCGAAAACCUCAAAACGGAGCUGGAGGAGAUCGAGUUUCUGCUUGUGAACUUGAAUCGUUAUUGCUACCAGUAUCAGCGACAACAUCCAUGGGCUCUUCACGAAUCGAAUUCUGCACUGCGCCGGAUUUGUGAUAUACUUCGGGGUCUACAGAUCGAAUAUAAGUCAACUAACGAGAUCAUAACAAGUUAUUCAAUAUCACGCACAGGCACUAGAGACAAGCUAAGAGGCAUGAAGGAAAAAGUGCGGCUGGCGAUUCGUGGGAAACUGGCGGCUGCAUGCAAGACCCUUGACAUAUACAAGGCACGACUAAGUACCAGCCUACAGAUUCUUUCUGGGUAUGUUGAUACACCCUGUCUGGGACGAAUGAAGCUAACAUACUCAAAAAUCAGCUUCAAUGACCUGGCCAUCCAUGACCAAAUUGGAAGUCUGACCCAGACAUUCGCUGGCUUGGCUUAUGAUACACUGCCUCCUACAAAUGCAGUAUACUACUCGGAUGCCAAAUAUAGCCCAACGAUAAAACAACUACCACACUCGACGAUGCCAAUCUCUAACCCCGAGAAAUCUUUCUAUGGUGAUACAGCUGAAAAACUACAUCAACAUGAUCAAGCUGCCGGUUGCUGGGGUGAAGGUGAAGAAAUGAGUUCCGCAGUAUUACCCUUGAUGCUUUUCAGGUCCACUAUCGAAAAGACACUGCGUCUUAUAAUAUCAGAAAGACCCGAGCGGACAUCUAUUCCCUCUCAAGAUUGCCUUUGGAUUGCAGAUGAGCUAAAAGGGUUACUUGCAAAAUGCCAUGAAUCUGCCGCGGUGACCUUAACGCAGCAACCUCAUGACAUGAAAUCAAAUACCAAUACCAACGAUCCGAAGGGAAGGGCGACGAAGAAAUAUAGUCAGAGCCCAGUCAGGAGCCUCGUGUCUGCGACUAACAAAAAGAUUAUAUCGACUUCAUGCCUGGUCCAAGAGUCUCCCACAGGAAAAAUCUCAGUCCGACUCCAGUUCACGCAAGACAUUCAGUCCGGCGAAACAACAAUCUCGAAUGCUUUUCUUCUGCUUGCCCCAGAUCCUUCCAUCAGCAGAGAUGGGGUAUCUAUUUCCCUGUCACGACUGCAGGGUAACGUCAAACAACCCCAGAUUCAACGUUUGUUGUCCAUACACACUGUGGUAGAAGCGAAGUCUCCGGCUUUCGACUGCGUCAGAUUGAACGAUAUUCAAACGCUAAAAGAGCUUCUCAAGACCAGGCAGGCAAGCCCUUCUAUUCGCAGUACAGAAAAUGAGAGUCUUUUAUCACUGGCAGCCCGGCUCCUCCGUUUCGAGAUAUGUGAGCUACUCCUCCAUGAAGGAGCAGAUCCAAACAAUUGCCGCAGUGAUGGAGCCAGUGCAAUAUUCGACGUUCGAAAUGCAUUUUGGUACCGACCAACAAAUUAUAAAAUUCCAAAGUCACUGUUGAACCAAUUUCUCCGACUUUUCGUCCGCUCGGGCUGUGAUAUUAACUCCACCGCAUUAGGAGGUGGUGCGCUCCACUUUACCAUCAGUCAAUGUGUGUCUGAAUCGGAGACUAUUCAAGAAGCCGAGAUCGCGACCUUGGUAAACCUGAUCAUUUGUCUCGGGGGUGAUAUCGAGCAUAGAAAUGCCGAUGGCUUAACACCGCUACUGUACAAUGCCUGCACCCCCGGUAUACAUGGUGUUACUGUUCUCAAUGAACUUCUGCAAUGGGGUGCUGACCCCCACGCCCAGUCUCUACUAGGAGAAGGAGCUUUGCAUCUAGCUAUUGCAUUCUCUAUCCAGAUGCUUCCGGACAGCGGCCUUGGCUCAAACUCGUUACAGGGUAGACUGUGCGCCCUGCUUAAAGCUGGUUGUGAUCCAACCUUGGAGGAUAACCAGGGUCAUACCCCGUCUGAUUUUGCUCUCAGUAGCCCCAGAACAUGGUUUCAAUGGUGCCUUUCAAUAAUGAAUAUUAGACACUUGUCUAUGAUUCAAAUACUUGCUCAAGAGACCCCAGCCGGGUUUGGAAAAGGGGCUGCCAAUGCAGGAGCUGCAGACUCCGCUGAAUGCCAGCCUGUAGGCGAGGACUUGUCCACUGAUUGGGAGUCUUGCAGUGAUUCUUGCACUGACUCCGAGGACGAGCAGAGUGAACGCGGGGAUUAUCAACCAUCACAGACUUGCUCCCAGCCGAGGCAUAUCUUUCUAUCUUGGAACGGCAAAUUUCCCUGGAGCAUUCAUCCAUCUUGUAUGGAUUGUGGGCUGUUGUGUGAUCUUCAAGACAUUCAUCCAAGAAAACUAGCUGCGUGGAAGAUAUUCCAGGGUCUGCUAUCUCGGCUCGAUCGGUUAUGA